CUCUCAAAAGGCGCAGCAAGCAAGGCCUGGCAAAAACGGAGGCCGCCUUUCAAUUGCAAGCGUUUGGUGUUUUGUGGUUUGUGGCCUGUGCUGCUGCUAUCGUUGUGCGCCGGAAAGAGGAACAGCAGGAACCGGAGGAGGAGGAGGAGGAGAAGAAGGAAUAAAACACAAAACAUUAGACUGCAGCACUGAUUUUCCUGGAGAAAGGAAUUAGUAGUAUACAUAAGAUUGUUUAUAUGGUCGUCCCGAUUGAUUCCAAUAGAGCGCUCCGGUUAUUGAAGCAAAAGGAAUAAGAAGAGUGCAAACGAGAGAGAGAAGAAACAGUGGCGGAAUAAAGUGUGUGUGAUUUAUAGUGUGACGUGUGUGGAAUUAUCCUGUCGAGCAGCCCCCCGGAAAGAAAGGAUAACACACACCCGGAAGUGUGCUAAAAUUAGUGUGAGAAAAAAAGAGUGAACGAAAAAUAGAACCACAGCCGUAGAGUGCUUCGGACGAAGUUUACGCAAUCAUCAUGUCGGAGCACCAUCGUGGUGCUUGGGGUACACGGGAGGAUGCCGUGUGGUGGCCUGGGGGUAUCUCCUCGUCGGAUCAGCAAACGAUCCAGCACCAUCAGCAUCUACUUAAUCAGCACCAUCAGCAGCAGUUGGCCCAACAGCAGGCUCAGCUCCAGCACCAGGUCGCCGUUCAGCAGCAGCAACAACAACAGCAACAGCAGCAACAACAACAACAACAACAAUCCCAGACACAACACAAUAGCGAAAAUAACGCACGAAGCAAUAGUACAACGUCGACGUCCGCGACCCAACAGUUGUUCUCCUACAAGAUGGCUAACAGCUUUCAGAACCCAGUUACGACCAUGUCCGGUGUAACGGUAUCCACCUCAAACGCCCCGUACGACUACCGUCUGGGAAUGAGCACAUCCGGAGUCGUGUCACGACCCGGUGAUCCACCGACGAUGGCUAGCACCGCACCCACGACCCAGUGGUGGUACCCUGGCGGACAGAAUGCCCUCGACAAUUCCCUACAGCAACAACAGCAGCAGCAACAACAACAAGCGCAGCAGCAACAACAACAACAGCAGCAGCAACAACAACAUCAGGUACAACAAAGCCAACAGCAGAAUCAACAUCAAGCCCAUAGUCAACAGACCCAAUCGAAUCAAACACACGUGCAGCAGGCGCAGAACAAUGCGAUCCAGAACCAGAUGGGGAGCGGUGGCGGCGGAGGCGGCAACAAACGGCCCCUCAAGGACAAUAAACCGAGGGGGCGCAUGACUGCGUAUGCCUAUUUCGUACAAACCUGCCGCGAAGAGCAUAAGAAGAAACACCCGGAGGAACAAGUCAUAUUCGCGGAGUUCUCGCGGAAGUGCGCAGAGCGGUGGAAGACGAUGCUGGACAAGGAAAAGCAGCGCUUCAAUGAGAUGGCCGAAAAGGACAAGGCGCGGUACGAGCUGGAGAUGCAGAGUUACGUUCCACCGAAGGGCACAGUCGUCGGUCGCGGCAAGAAGCGGAAGGCGUUCAAGGACCCGAAUGCGCCCAAGCGAUCGCUGUCGGCAUUUUUCUGGUUCUGCCAUGACGAACGGAACAAGGUGAAGGCACUGAACCCCGAGUACGGUGUGGGUGAUAUCGCGAAGGAGCUCGGCCGAAAGUGGUCUGAUAUGGACGCGGAAGUUAAAUCCAAGUACGAACAGAUGGCAGAGAAGGACAAGGCGCGAUAUGAGGCGGAAAUGACCGAGUACAAGCUGAAGUGCAAAAAUGAGCAGGCCGGCGGAGCGACACCACUGAAUCUCGGUGGACUGCAGCAGACCGGCCUCCAGAAUCUACCGCAGCACGUGCAGCAGGCUGCGGCAGCCCAGCUUCAGGCCCAGGUCCAACAGCAGCUGGCAGCCCAGGCGGCAGCGGCUGCAGCAGCAGCGGCGGCGGCGGCAGCACACCACGGCGCCGAUGACGACGAGGAGGAUGAAGAUGGCGACGAGGAUGAUAACGAGUAAAAUCAAGCUUUCGAUUUGUAUUAUAAAUAUUUUCUUACGAUGAUAUUAAGCAACCGACAACAACAACAGCAACAACAACAGCAACAACAAUUACUACAACUACAGCAACAGCAACAACAACAACAACAACAACAACAACAGCAACCAAUAGCAAGAGGCCACUCUGCUCUGCUCACUAGUUUAAUCAAUCAUCGGCGAAGACAACAGCAGCAGCAGAGUGAGCCCGACAAAUCCGACUCAGAGCGAAGUACGUCGACGCCACCAGCACCACCAGCAUUGGCCCAAUAAUAUAAACCAGGCUAUCCCCGCGUAAUCCAGCAUUAUUAUUAUCAGACAACAACACCGCGCGACAACAAAUUCAACAUGCGCGCGCAAUAUUCCAAACGACGCCUCUGGGAGCGGAUCAAACUGGCGAAUUGAUCAUCUCUAAUUGUGUUGAUGGUGGUAAUCUGGAUGCUGGUUCAAUAUAGAACAAAAAUUGGUUGUUCUUCAAAUUUGUUCAGAGUGAAAAAAAAAAUCAACAAUUCAUAAACAAACCCCCCACAGAAACACAUAAUCUCCAAAUGUGGAAAAUCAAAACAAAAUACGAAGAGAAACAAAAAAAAUAGAAAAAUAGGAAUUCACUUCAGUGAUCGUAUAGCUCACUCUCAACCCAAUAUUACACACAAACACACGCAACAGGCAGGUUAAGGAAAUAUUUCUCAAUACAAAGUGGGGAAAGAUUGAACGAAAAAAAAAGAAGGAAAGAGACAGAGAGAAAGUAAAACUAGCGAAAACGCAAGAAACGUUUCAGGACAGAACAACAACAGCUCGCGUACGGUUAGAAGAAGAAGAAGCAGAAGAACAAGAUACAAAAGCUGUGAACGGACAUGACUUGUGUGAAGAGAGCGCACGCGCGUAAAGGGUAAAGGGAAGGAAGAGGUGUAAACGGAGCGAGCGAGCCGAGUGAGCUAAACACAUUUCAUUAAUUUCUCUGUCAUUACUCUAUUGUUUACAUGCUUUUUUUUAACUUCAAUUACAAAAUCAACUUAUUACUGCACCUAGCAGUAGCAGCAUCAAACCAAUCCGUUGAAAUAAAGGUUUUUCCCCAACAUAUUUUCCUAUUGUUAGAUGCAACUGCGUCGUUGCCUACCUUUCGGCGGCUCUUCGCCGCCCAGUUUCCAUGACAUUUGUUUAUUGAAAAUCUAACCUUAAAAUCUCCUGAUAGCAGCAAUGCCUCUAAUGGUGAUAAUUCAUCGAAUGUUGUCCCAGUUGGCAAUGGUACAGAUUUUGCUUUGCUCUCCUCCCUCUUCUCUCAUAUUCCCUCUCGCCUCACCAUCCACCAUCUGACUUUAUUCAUUUUUGCUAAACGCACCUUCCUCUGUCCACACAUUUUACGUUGAUUUAGUUAUUAGGAAAGUUCAUUUUCUUUGUUAUCUAUAGCAAGUUGACGAUGAUGAUGAUUAUGCUUUGCGUGUGAGAGUGUGUAUGCUUUUUUGCACGAAUGAUCGAAAAAUGGUGAGCGAUUGAUUGUGCGGAGACCGAAAAAAUAGUAGUAGUAACGUGGUAAUACAACAACAACUACAACAACAAAAUAAUGUAUUAGAUUAGCGCCCAGAGAUUAGUUUAUUAGUUGAUAAAAAUAAAGCUGUUUUAGAGAUCAUGUGAUGAAGAGCAUGAUGAGGAUGAGGAUGGUGAUGAAAGGAUUCUUACAAACAAAACAGCGGAGAAAUCGCUAUCGGUUUUUUUUUUCCUCUCGGAAUGAUCAAUGAUCAGUUUUCUUUUAUUUCCUUGAGACGAGAAAUCUCUUAAAAUAUAUUUUUGACGAUUUAUUUUUCCACUGAUAGAACUUUCUUUAUUUUUUUUUAAUUAACGCGAUUACUGAUUAAUUUAAUUGUAAGUCUGAACUAGGGAUGAUGCUUGAGUGUGAAGGGCGUAACCCGCGAGGAAGACAAUAUAUCCCGCGGGGAUGUGUGAAUGGGAAACUAAAUACACAAAAUACAAGAAAAUAGUAGUAGAGUGCAAGUGAGUGAAACAAGAGAGAGUUUGUUUUCAAUUUGGAAAACGUGAAAAGUUGCGAACAAAAAAAAAACAGAAAACGCAUUGAAUAAGAUACACAAGUUCGAUCGUAAGUUAGCUAACACACACGGACAUAAUUAUCUCUCAAUGUAAAUAUUAAAGACAAACACAAGGAGAACAAAACCAACACCUAGACAAGAGCGAAAGGAAGGUAAAAUAAAUACACAAAUUCACAGAGCAGAAGAGAGUACAGCUGGUCCCUUUCUUCAAACACUUUGACACGGUGCUAAGAGAGGGAAAGUGUUUUUGGAGUAGAAACGAACGUUUGAUUGGGCAACAAGAAUAUACUAAUGAAUAAAGGAAAAAAAACACGCAUUAUAAACAAAUUAUUACAAAACAGUGAAAAAGUAAAUAACUAACAAGUAAGUUUUAGUGAAAAUAAACAGCCAGAUAAAUUAAAAUUAAAGUAACGUAGAGAGAGAAAGAUAAAAAGAGAGAUCGGAGGAAGUAAGGUGAGAACAAAAAAAAACAGAGAAACUCUUGAACUCUUGCACUCUAAAGCAGAAAAAAACAUAAACAACCAAUACGUUGACCCGAAUAUUUAAAACCGAAAA